AUGCAUGAACAACUUCCUCAAGAGUUGAAAUUAGGACUUCAAGCACUCGACAGUGGUGAUUAUGCAAAAGCGAUUGAAUUCGUAUCAUCUGCCAAAUUUGUUUCCGGUGACAUCAUGGAUACCAUCGAUGAAAUGGAAAAAAAGAACUAUAAAGUGAUUAUCAACGAAUAUAUAAUCAUAAAAGAAUACUUUGUGCUCAUCUUCUGCAAUCGAUUUUUUUCUUUUAUUAUCGAUAUAAAUGCAAGUAAUGAUGACGAUAAUGGAACAGCAGCUGAUCUUAACAGUAAUGAUGGUUUUUCCUCAGAUAAUGACUACAAUGAUGAUGAUGAACAAGAUGAUACUCGAAAUUUAAUAACUACAACAAAACAAGAAUUUUCUGGAGUGAAAGUUUUUAAUACGGGGCAACCACAUAUAGAACAUUCUUAUUUUAAAGCUAAAAUCAAUGAUGACAUAAAAUAUAUGCAUAAGCAGAUUGCUUGUUGGUUAUUAACUGGAGAAAAAAAGGGAUGGAGUGCUUGUGAUGAUGGACGUGAAUGUGACAAAUAUGAAUGUAUUUCCAAUCAUCCACGUGGUCGUAAACAAAAAUGUCGUGAUGGGAAUGAGUGCGGAAAGCCAAAAUGCGACAAGUUUCUUCAUCCGACUCCAUAUGGAAAACUUCCGCGUACUACAGGUAAAGAAAAAAAUUUUAUGAAAUUAAAAUUAUUUAAAUAUUUAAAGGGUGUAUGGGCAACAUCGGAAGUCACUAAACACAAAUUAAAUCGAGCUUUCAAAGAUCACCGAAAUGUAAUUUUAUAUAUUUCUGUUCGUAAAAGUGGACGAUUUCAAGGAAUCGCUCGUCUGUCUUCUCAAUCUCAAAAUCCCAAUGAAGUCAUUCCUUGGAUUUUGCAAGAUGGCAAAAAAGAUGUUUCAGAUGUUUUUAAUAUCGAUUGGGUCACACGUCAAACAUUACCAUUUUUUAAAGCGGAGCAUUUAUUGAAUUUAUUCCAUGAUGGUCAGGAAGUUGAACCUGAUUGUGCCAAAGCUCUAUGUCGUUUAUUUUCAUCGGAUCCAAAUAUUGAUAUGAUCCCAAUAGUAACAAAAGCGAUAAGCCACGGUAAGCUUCGUAUUCGAUGAAAACUAAUAGAACAAGCAAUGUCACUGGUGUUCUCUGAGAGAACGAUGAACAAUAUGUCUUUCGUAGAAGUAGAAUUUAACCGUCUCUUCUUUCAAGCAGCUCUCUUAAUCAGUCUGAAUGAAAGGACUAUCUAAAUAUUCGUUCGGUCUCAUUGUGUACGGCAAUUGAGAAUAACACCAUCCAGUUGUGCAGAAUUCUCUUUAUUUUAUGCGAGUUACCAUCGACACCGAAUAAGGCGAGCGAGCACAUAUGGGAACAUAUCUGUUUCCAUACCGUUGUAGAACUUCUCCAGUGAUUUUGAAGUUCUUCAAUUAUGAAAAAAUUAAAUUAUAAGGUGCCUGAAAUUGAAAAUUUCAGCAGAUUUUUUUCCGAAUGAGUUAUGUAUGUUUCGAUAGAGCUCGUCAAACUGUCUAAGAAAAUACAUUAAAAAGAAGACAAAAUACUUAAUUUCUAGUUAUACGAAUAUUCCGUCCCUCAACAAAUUGUGUUUAAUUUUUCGUUUUAUUCCUUCUAUAGAUUUUAUGACCAUAAUUUUCGAAAUCAGCAUGAAAAUUGAGUAUCCAGCACUAAUUUUUAACUCAUUCAAAUAUAAUGUUUUUCAUUUUUCUCCUGUAUUUCAAACGACAAUGCUUAGAGGUCGCCGCUAGUAUACCGUAUUUAUGUAUCUAAUUUUUUUCCACAAGAUAAAAUGGCAAGUCCUAUAUUCCAUUCGAAGCAGCUUUGAAAGAGCUACAAACGUAGGCAUUAACGUUAUUUUAUACUUUACUUAAGCUGAGAAAAAAAAACUUUUUUUUGUAUUACUCAUUAUAGAGAGAAUUUAUUUUUUCUUUUACAUUAAAUUAUUCGUUUAAAUCUCGCCCAUAAACGCACAUAUCGUUGUUUUUUUUUGUUCUUUUAAUGCAAUCUACAAUUUAUCUGCCUUAUCUUAACCUUCUGGAAACCUUUUCAUUUUGAUAAAUUUCAUUCGUAAGUUGCGAUUUCAGGAUUCAUUUGUAAAGAACCUAUAAUAAUUGGGAGUGAUUGCAUCUAUAGUUGAGUAGCGUACUUAGAGGUGUUGCUCUGUGUUCAUGAAACGUUUUU